AUGAAAAGUGCAAAAGUGAACUUCGGUAACCUGCCGGAACCAAUGACGGAACGGGAAUAUAUCAUCUACGAAGCCGUGACCAUGACAUUGGAGAAUUAUGGCAUCCCCAUCUACAUGCCAUACAAACGUGAAGCAAUGGUUCGUCAACGCUUUCUUACCCAGUAUCCGCAAAUGCAACACCGAGAGGAGGCACAAAUGGGCGGAGGAGUUGAGGCCAUCGUUGGCCACGACCAGCUCGCCGCCAAUCCACUUCACCAGGAUAUCCCGCCAACGUUCCGUGGACCGUUCAUCAGUCGGGAAAACGAGUACAGGAUCGCCUACGACAAACACUACACGGGUGGACAGAACAUACAUCCUCACUUCCUUUCAAAUCACUACAAGGAACUCAUGUUCUGCUACUAUGAUGACGACUAUGCGCCAGACUACUACGCGCAAGAUUUCACCAUCACGGCUGAUACAAGUAUGCUUGCUGGUAGGAUUAAUCACGUCGAGGGAAAGCGCCCUUCGGUGAAGGUGAAGGCAUUCGAGAGCUAUGCUCAGUAUGUGGAGCGUUACAUGCUAGUCGCCAUGAGGGGACGCCAGCGAUGUGGAAGGAUCGUUACGAUAGAUGAUGCCAUCUUUUCUGAACGAAUGCUCCCCGAUUUUUUGGAAAUGACCCAACAAGUGGGAGUAACAGUUGGGGUGCGCAUGAACUUUGUCAAGGCGCUGAUCGCCUUCUAUAGAUUCCUGGAGAAGCACAUCGAUGCAAGUAUGGUUUGGUUAUAA